AUGUCUUCCGCUUCCGGGUCACCAAUCGUCCGAGAACCCUUCUACUACUCAGGUGACACCUUCUCGGUCAUCACGCCAAUUGGGACCAUCCACCCACGACAGACGACCGUCGAGCUGAAGGCGCAUUCUUCAAGUUGCUUCUCGCAACUUCUGCAUUAUGGUCUAACAUUGCCCAAAAUCAAGGAGACAGCCAGUCGUAGGCUCAUAAGCGCCAUCCUUGGGAAUCCGGCAGGCUUGACUGUUCCAACGCACAUCGAGAAUUUGGAAAAGGAGAUGAAGGCCGAGUGGGAGGCCCAGCAAAACAGCGUGACUGCUGACGAGACUGCGAAUCGGAAAAAGAGGAAGUCGAGGGAUGAUGGCAUUUCGACUGAGGAAACAACUACGAAGAAGAUCAGGGCUGCUGAGACAAAUAGAACCGACGGCAAUCAAAAGUCGGUCGAAGGCCACCUUGACGGAAUCCGUAUUCCCCGAGAACACGGCAUCAAGGCUACGAUUCACCAUGAGCAAACGCCGCCCUCCCACACCACCAAUCGUGGAAACGCAGAUCAUAGGGAUGGCCGUGGCGACAACCAGACAUUCUGCGAUCGAGCCCUUGUCCCUAACCGCAAUUAUAUACCUCUCUCUGGUCAGACGACGCUGCCUUUCUCACCUGUCCCAACAUCGAGCCAGACGUACAACGAACCCCCGCCGCCGGAUCCAGGCUCACCUCAAGGUCAUGACGCUUUCAAUAUGUACAACAAAUCUCUCCGUUCUUCUCAAGGACAAAGGCGCCUUCCGCCACUGGGACCAAUCAACGGCCGCUACGAGAUUUACAAUCUCGAGAUCCCCGAGGAUGGUGACGUGUUGUUCGGCACAGGGGUGAAGGGCAUGGUUUGCGCCGAGCCCAUCAUGUCCGUCACCAUCGAAAAGAUCCUCGCUGCUUCGCCAGCUACUCAGCGCGGCCAGCCAACCCAGCUCUCGGCUGACAACAAAGGAGAACGCAUUGCCUACGCGGCUGGCAAGUCCAUUUUCCUUCGAUCCAUCGACAACCCGUCUGUCUGCAAGCAAUACACGGGACACACUGCCCAAACGAGCGUUGCCCGCUUCUCGCCCAGCGGCUUCUACGUCGCCAGUGGUGAUGUUUCGGGAGCCGUAAGAGUCUGGGACGCGGUAGAGGCCGAGAACACCAAGGGCGAAUACCACAUCAUCUCCGGUCGUAUCAACGACAUUGCAUGGGACGGCGACUCCCAGCGCAUCAUUGCCGUCGGUGACGGUAAGGAGCGUUUCGGGCACUGCAUCACGGCCGACAGCGGAAACUCGGUGGGCGAGAUCAGCGGCCACUCCAAGGUUGUCAAUUCCGUCGCCGUGAGACAACAGCGUCCGCUGCGGGCUGCGACGGUGUCCGACGACAGCUCCAUUUGCUUCCUGCACGGCGCCCCUUUCAAGUUCAACUCGAAGCACGCCACGAUCCACCGCGGCUUCGUCUUCGGCACCGCCUUCUCCCCCGACGGAAACCAACUCGUGACGGUUGGCGCCGACAAGCGCAUCCAGCUCUACGACGGCAAGACAGGCGAGCCCACAAGACAAAUCGGCGAGGGAGAGCACACCGGUAGCAUCUUUGCCGUUUCAUGGAACAAGGAAGGAACCAAGCUCGUCACUGCCAGCGCCGACCAGACCGUCAAGCUCUGGGAUGUGGAGGCCGGCAAGGUCAUCCAGUCGUGGAAGUUUGGCGAUGGUGUUAGUGUCGGCGACCAGCAGGUCGGUGUGGUAUACCCCCAUGGCAGAACCGAUGGUUUGAUCAUCAGCAUCAACCUCGACGGCGACUUGAUCUACCUCAACGAGGGUAGCGACAAGCCUAGCAAGGUCGUCCAGGGACACAACAAGAGCAUCACCGCUCUGGGCGCUUCGUCCGAUGGCAAGGGCCAGACUCUGUGGACUGGUAGCUUCGACGGCCGUGUCUGCCAGUGGGAUGUCGCAUCUGGCGUUGGCUCUGUUGUCGACGGACAGGCGCACUCAAAUCAAGUUACCCAGUUCAGCGCGGAGGCUGGACAGACUUACAGCGUUGGUUGGGACGACACGCUGCGGAUCGUCGACGAGUCUGCCAACACCUUCGCUGGCGAGUCUGUCAAGCUCUCCGCUCAGCCCAAGGGCGUGGCAGCGACGAACGGAAAGCUCUAUGUGGCCACAAUUGAGGGAGUGGAUGUUUAUGAGAAGAACGAGCUGCUUUCCGAGAACCGUCUUGGAUACGCACCUCUUGCCGUGGGCGCCUACGGCUCAACCGUAGCAGUAGGAUCAGGGAACUCAGUCAAGAUUUACACCGCCGACGGCUCUGGAAAGCUCUCGGAGAUCAAGUCACUUGACAAGUCGACUUCUCAGAUCUCCUGCCUCUCGUACUCCAAGGACGGUCAGUACCUUGCCGUUGGCAACCAGAUCGGCAAGAUCGUGGCCUACAAGACGAGCGACUGGGAGGUGGCGACGGACAGAUGGUCGGCUCACACGGCGAGAGUUACAUGUAUUAGCUGGAAUGAUGCUGCUACUCACGCCGUCUCUGGAGCGCUGGACACGAAUGUGUACGUGUGGAGCUUGGCCAAGCCCGGAAGCCGUGUCAAGGCCCUCAACGCGCACAAGGACGGUGUCAAUGGCGUCGCCUGGGUUGAGGGUGGCAGCAAGGUUGCGAGCGCAGGAGGUGACGCCGCAAUCAAGGUUUGGGCCGUGUCUGGACUGCAAUAG